AUGGCAGCACCCCCCCAUCUCACCAACCCUUGGAUAUCGCCUCCUCCAUUUAAUAACAACGGCGUCGGUGCAAAUGCCUUCGCUGCUGGGCAUUUUCCGCAACUGAAUUUGGGACAGGCCAACGCACUCGAAAAGGUGCUGGCGAGCUUUUCUGAUGCCGAUAAGGGAUACCCCAACGCGGAGCAGACAAAUGUUGCUUUGGCACUGAAUGCUGCUAUUAUGCACCGCGGUUCCGCGCGAGUAGGAGCAUGGGCAUUUUGCUUGGGUCUCAUAAAUGUUCUGAAAACUCACACAUUUGAAUUCCCAAAUGACCCUCAGUUGACUGAGGAUCUUGACUGUCAGUGGACUCCCCUCGCGGGCGUCGGGGGACAGGCUGCGAGACGUACCCUUGGUGGACUGGAACUCCCUCGCAUGAGAUAUCUAUAUGUGAUACACCUUCACAAGGGGCGAACAGCCGGCACGAAUGUCUACACUUUAACGAUGUAUGACCGAGAGGCAAGUUCUGGCAGAAUGUCCUUUCACGAUCCAGGGACGGGUGAUGCAGCCCAAGCCGCCAAUCGCCUAGCAGAGGUUACGGUUUUCUGGAAUAUCAGUCGGAGCAACUUUGCCGGCUGCCCCGGCUUUGGAAUGGCUCCCGCUGGUCCAGAUACGUUCUUGUACCAGCAGUUUGUCGACGUUGCCUGCAUGAACCGAAAAUCUCCCACCGGGGUCCCAAGGGUUGUGUCGACCUCGAGAAGGACCUUGUUCAAUGUCCUCGCCUGGUGCGAUAUCCUUAUACGCACGGCAUAUCAAGCCGGAGAUAUCUCCAAUCACGGCAACAUUCCCAAUGAUUUUGAACAAGCGUGUGGGUUUUACGGGACGGGCCAUUUGUACGUGGCGCUCUUCUUACUUUUGAUUCGGAACCAUCAGGCCGGCGGGGUUCCGUUCACGAACGCGCACAAUUUCAAUAACGAGAAUGCCGUGUGGCUUGCCUACGGACUGCGGGCAAGUCAAAAUGAUGUGUUAAGACAACAGAUUCAUAACGCCGCCCGGUAUUUUGCGGUUCCGAUUUGGCCUGCAGCGAAUCCUGGUGCACCAUUUACUUGGUUACAAGCGCUGGGAGGUUAA